ACCGUUCGUACAGAUCGCACCGUCCCAGAAAAGAUCCUAGCGAACUGAAUCCUGCCUCAAGAGCAGCCGCUGAACAGUUCCGAACCCAGAGCAGGCACCUAGGCCAUACAGUACAAAAGCCUACGCCUGCCUCUCAGACUUCCCUGGAAGAGAGAGAACGACGAUUGCUUGAGCUGACGCGGACUGUCCCUAGCAUAAAGUCAUCUAUAGGACACAGCGUGAGCUCUCCAGAUCUGAGCAAUCAUUUCACCAAAGAUGACAUUGGUAGGCCUCGACACGCCGAGAGUGUCAAGCCCUUUACACGUAAUGGCGAAGCUCAUCCUUCGAGCACCGCACAGCCAGGGCGUAUACCCAUUGAAGUACACUCCGACAAUCUGGCUGAGCGCGACGCCCUGCGUCCACAACCGUCGGGCCUUGAAAUGCUCGCCAUAAAGCGAGGAACUGCAGUGGAACCUUACCGCCACUGGGCUGGCGAUACCAUGUCCUACGAGGAAUGCGUGAAUGAAUACUCCAACAGUAAAGGCAGCGGACAAGAACCAAGUCAACAAUUUUCGGAAUCAGAUGUGGUGCAUUCGAAGCCAAGCGAUACGACCCAGACUGCGGAUACCGACUCCAUCACGCCCGUACCGUUGCCAAAGUCUGUCGCUAUGCGCAAUCAAGACGAGAAUGACCAGGAUAACGCGCCAAAUCAGCGCCUAUCAGGCCUGGACAUGCUACCCAGCAGGCGUGGACCAAUUUCCUCGGCCUCUACCAUGAGACACCAACACAUUCCGAGAGCCAAGGCACCUAUGACAAAGCCUUCCGGCGCAUUCGCCGGUCUCACACUGCCUCCAAACUUCGAGACUUUCAGCGAAGAUGAGCAAAAGGUUAUCUUUGAUCACGAGACCGUGAAGGAGCGGAAACGCGAUCUUGAGGCAAUUGAUAGGACCACGCACAGUAUUGGUCUUUUACGCUGCUUAGGGAAGUUCACCGACACAGAAAGAAAUGAGCUCGACGAAGUCCGCAAGUAUAUCACUCAAGUCGUCGACCGAAGGGAGUGCGGAAAACUUAGACGGAAACGGAUUGCCGAUAUCAAAGACAAUAUGAGGAGAAGAGCUCAGAGUUAUCAAGAACCCCCGUCAGAAGAAAUUGACAAAUGGCUCUUACGGCUGUUCGAUAUCAAGAAGCUCGAUUUGGUGAAGGAGGAGCUGGCUCGCGUGGACGAGAAAGUCGCAGAGCUAGGCGAUGUGCGCCGAGGGAUGCAUGCUAAGCGACACAGCAAGGCGGACAAGCGCUACAAAAAGAAGAAUGUCCGCUUUUCAGAGCCCAUUGAAGAUCGCGGUGCGUCUCGUGUACGGACUCCGCGACCAGAGCGACCACAGCGAUCAAAGUACGACGGUGCGAACGCAACGGAGAACCGGAGACUUGCCCAGUAUGCGCGCCAAGACUGUCUUCGCGAGCAGUACAAAGCCAAGCUCAGACUAUUUGAUCAAGCGAACGAGCCACUGGAAGUGAUUGAGUUACCUGAGCAGUAUGACGAGAACCCUGAGAGUAAAGUGCGCCACAGUGAUGGCGAGGAAAGUGAGGAAGAUGAAGGCGCCGACUUUGUCUACGGUGCUGGUCAAAGUGCGUCGACGUCCAGCUUCCCAGAUCCGGCGGCAAUGUCAAACAUUCAACACCCCAACGCCAUCCAAGAUCUUCAGGAGAUCAACCGCCUUGAGGAUGCACGACAGAAGGAAAGCGGCACACAUGCCACGCAGAGAUUGACCGCAGCACCACGAAGCCAGCGAUUCGACUCUGAGUUGCUGAAAAACAUGCAAAGAAAGAAAGACUUAGCCCAAUUGGGUCUGAGCACGUCAAACCAGAUUUCCAAUGCCACGACUGUUGAGGAUGACAGCGAACUCGAUUCGUCUGACGACUCUGACAGCGACAGUGAAGAUGAAGAAGAGGAUCGGCAGGUCUUCAAGUACAUCGUCAUGGGCACUUUCGCAGGUGUAGACACCUACAAAACCGCUGAAGAGUAUGUUCUGAAGUCAACCUACAAGCUGGACUCGGCAAUGAAGCAUGUGAGAGAGACCAUUGAGGACGUUCACAAGCACUUUCCACCAAAGGGCGGCAGACGGGACGCCGACUUCACUCUGGACACUAGUUACACGGACGGCCUGAUGGAGCAGCACCUCCUGCUUGGCAAAGACUACGAUGUCGAAGUCAGAGUAUGGAUCGAGAAGGAAAUCGUCGAUCUGGACAAGAAGGCUUUUCGGUCUGCGAAGAGAAAGAAUGUGGUCGCACACCGAGCAUUGUAUACUGUCGUAUGGGAGAAGACACUUACGCCGGUUGUUGAUGAGGCUGAGACUGCCGCCGCGGCUGCGGACGGUAAUGCAAACGAUACAGACAGUCUUUUUGGAGAUGAGACUGCGCAACAGGUUGCCAACGGGCCUGAGACCACCACCAUCCCGAACAACGAGAUUGCACACUUCACAACGUCGAUAUUGGCCAAUCGGCAUGCUAAAGACAUCUACAUGGCGUGGCAUUCUCAAUUCCUGCCCGGCAUUCAGAACGAGGGAUACAGACGGCUGGAAGACGAGGCUAUGGAAGAAGAUCUUGAACGGCUCGGCAGUUUCGGGCUUUUCAGCAGGGAGGAGAGUUUUCAGCGCGUCGAAGUUGGAAGAAGAGUUGAAGAGAAGUUCAAGGUGUGCGUGAGGACGAUCGAGGUGAUGGGACCUACCAAUUGAUGCUCAUGACGAUUUUGCGUUCUGAGAGCGAUCGCCUACUACAGUGAUAUUGAUGUUGUUGGAUGUUUGCAUUUCACAAGAGCUAGCGUACGUUUGAUUUGGACGAAACGAGGCGGUAGCGUUGAACAUCUGGCAUACAGAAGGAGAAUUCUUUUCGGUAAAGGAACACUGCAAUGACACUGGGAGAGGGCUCCUGAAACUCAAAGCCAUUUCCAGUGGUUGGCAAGGGUAAAUUGUAGCUGUAGCACUUUAGGGUGCCAGCGACUGACUUACUUUUCAGAGAUGUUGAGAGUCCC